UAAUGCUCAGGGAGUCUCAGGAGUGGGAGUGUUUUGCAGUCGAAGGAAGGCAAAAAUGGGUGUUGGUACAGAAACGACGCCUGACUACGAGGCUCUGGAACAGCUUUUCAAACCACACAUAGAAUCUUUCGAUUAUUUCGUCGAGGCUGGAAUGGAAACCAUGUUUGGGAACAUCAAACCUGUCGAAGUUUUUGAUCCCUCCACCAACUCCAAGCUCCGAAUUUGGUUUGGCAAGCCGGAAUUAUUCCCUCCUUCGAAGGAACUUAAGUCUGGCAUGCGCGAUCCUCUGUAUCCCUUCGAGUGUAGGCUAGCUCGAAUCUCGUAUUCUGGAAGAUUUAUUGCGGACGUUUGUUUUCAAUACAAUGAUGGGGCCGUUGUGAGAGAAAAAUUCAGUUUUGGGCAGCUUCCUAUAAUGCUAAAGUCAAAGGUUUGCCACUUGAGAGGUGCUGAUCCCCUGAAACUAGUUUCUUACAAAGAAGAGGCGACUGAAAUGGGCGGGUACUUCAUAUUGAAUGGGUUGGAGAGACUUGCCCGGCUUCUAAUUUUGCCCAAGCGAAAUUAUCCGACAAGUGUGGUGCGGAGUUCAUUUAUUGAAAGAGAAGUAGGAUUUACUGAUAAAGCAGUUACGAUAAGAUGUGUAAGGGUUGAUCAAUCUGCGGUAACUGUUAAAUUAUACUACCUUCAGAAUGGAAGUGCGAGACUUGGAUUUUGGAUAAGAGGGAGAGAGUUCUUGCUUCCUGUGGGCGUUGUGUUGAAGGCCCUCAUAGACACCAAUGACCACGAAAUAUAUAUGAGUUUAACCUGUUGUUAUAGUGAGGCAUAUCAGAGGGAGAAGGGAGCUGUUGGCACGCAACUUCUGGGUGAAAGGGUCAAGAUUAUUCUCGAUGAAGUUCGGAACUUGUCUCUUUUCACUCGCCUUCAGUGUUUACUUCAUAUUGGAGAGUACUUCCGACAUGUUAUGGAUGGAUUAGAGACCGAAAGGCAUUCUGUUGUUGGAGAAGCAGUUCUAAGGGAGUACAUAUUCGUUCAUCUUGAUAACAACGAUGACAAAUUCAAUUUGCUCAUCUUUAUGCUACAGAAGCUUUUUGCCCUUGUAGAUCAGACUGCUGCUCCAGAUAACCCAGAUACUCUGCAAUUUCAUGAAAUUCUACUUCCUGGGCACUUGAUUACAAUCUAUCUAAAGGACAAAUUACAAGAGUGGCUAUACAAGGGACGACGACUCCUUACGGAUGAGAUAAAGAAUAAGGGCAAAAAGUUUGAUUUUAAGAGCUUUGCCGAUGUCAAGAAGGUUCUGGAUAAAAAUUCUCCCAAACAAAUUGGUGUGGCUGUUGAGAAUUUGUUUAAAACUGGAAGGCUGGUUACACAAUCUGGCCUGGAUUUGCAGCAGAAAGCUGGCAUGACUGUUCAGGCAGAGAGGCUCAAUUUUCUCCGCUUUCUUUCACAUUUUCGAGCUGUUCAUCGCGGGUCUUCGUUUGCUGGACUUCGCACAACAACUGUUCGGAAGUUGCUACCUGAAUCUUGGGGUUUUCUUUGCCCAGUUCACACACCUGAUGGGGAACCCUGUGGGUUGCUGAACCAUUUGACUUCUACUUGCCGAAUCACGUCCUUCUUUGAUUCACAAGGAAAUAUUAGAGAUUUCUUUAAAAUCCGAAUGUCUAUCCAGAGUGUCUUAGUUGCAGUGGGAAUGACACCUUCAAUUCCAAAGCUUGUAAGGGCUGGUCCUCCUGAAGUACUUUUUGUUCUUUUAGAUGGACGUGUCAUUGGCUCAAUCCAUUCAAGUGAAGUUGAGAAAGCUGUUGCACAUAUACGGAGACUAAAGCUUUCAAGAUUUUCAGGGAUUCCUGAGGACUUGGAGGUGGGUUAUGUUCCUUUGACCAUGGGUGGGACAUAUCCUGGCUUGUACCUUUUCACGUCUCCUUCAAGGUUUGUUCGGCCAGUGAGGAAUAUUUCUCUCCCUUCGGAAGAGAAACAAGAUAUCGAGCUUAUUGGGCCAUUUGAACAGGCCUAUAUGGAAAUAAGAUGCGCUGAUGGUGGAGAUGGAGGAAGGAGAAACAUGUUUCCUGCGACACAUGAAGAGAUCCAUCCGACUGGAAUGCUCAGUGUGGUUGCUAGCCUCACACCGUGGUCUGACCAUAAUCAAAGUCCACGUAACAUGUAUCAGUGUCAGAUGGCAAAGCAAACAAUGGGUUUCUCUUCACAAGCAAUACAGUUUCGUGCAGAUCAGAAGCUGUACCAUCUUCAGACUCCACAAACUCCCAUUGUACGUACUCGUGCUUACACAACAUACAAUGUGGAUGAAUUCCCCACAGGGACAAAUGCAAUAGUUGCAGUUUUGGCUUAUUCAGGAUAUGAUAUGGAGGAUGCCAUGAUCUUGAAUAAGUCUUCUGUAGACCGUGGGCUUUGUCGUGGGAGCAUUUACCAGACGGAAACUAUUGAUCUGGCAGAAAGUGACAAGUCCGAUCAAGCUCUGAAGGUGUUUUCUAGAAGUAACCUAGAUAAGUCUUCACAUUCCUUGAUCGAUGCUGAUGGCCUUCCGUAUGUUGGACAGUUACUACGUCCAAGUGACCCAUAUUGUACCGUAUACAAUACAGUGACCAGUACCACAAAAAAUACCAUAUUAAAAGGUUCAGAAGCUGUUGUUGUGGACUAUGUUGCAGUAGAUGUGAGAAAUUAUAAGAAGCCUCUACAGAAGGCAAGUAUCCGUUUCCGACGCCCAAGAAAUCCUGUCAUUGGAGAUAAGUUUAGCAGUAGACAUGGGCAGAAAGGUGUUUGCUCACAGCUGUGGCCUGACAUUGACAUGCCUUUCUCAGGAGUUACAGGAAUGCGACCGGAUCUUAUUAUUAAUCCACAUGCAUUUCCUUCAAGGAUGACAAUUGGGAUGCUUUUGGAAUCUAUAGCUGCUAAGGGAGGUAGCCUACAUGGAAAGUUUGUUGAUGCAACGCCUUUUGCUAGCACGGUGAAGAAUGAAAAAUCAUCUGAAUCGAGCUCACUUGUUGAUGAACUUGGUUCCAUGCUUACCUCGUAUGGGUUUAAUUAUCAUGGAGUAGAAGUGUUAUACAGUGGAGUUCUUGGAACCGAGCUGACUUGUGAAAUUUUUAUUGGGCCUGUUUAUUAUCAGCGUCUCCGGCACAUGGUCUCUGAUAAAUUUCAGGUUCGGUCCACUGGAGCUGUGGAUCAAGUCACCAGACAACCUAUCAAAGGAAGAAAGCGUGGUGGAGGUAUUCGUUUUGGUGAAAUGGAGCGGGACUCAAUCCUUGCCCACGGGGCUGCAUAUUUGUUGCACGACAGACUCCACACAUGCUCUGAUCAUCACAUAGCUGAUGUUUGCUCACUGUGUGGCAGUGUCCUCACCGCUUCCUUCAUGCAACCACAGAAGAGAGCAGUGAGGGAAAUUGGUGGGCUUCCUCCAGGGAGGAGUGCGAAGAAGGUCAUCUGCCAUGCCUGUAAGACUAGCAAAGGGAUGGAAACUGUGGCCAUGCCUUACGUAUUCCGGUAUUUGGCUGCAGAAUUAGCUGCUAUGAACAUAAAAAUAACCCUCAAAUUAAGUAAUGAUACAGAAGCAUGAAACCAAACAGCAUGUAUGAUCCAUAGGUCCUAUUUGUAGUGGGGGAUGGAAGCACUGAAGUACGACGGAAAGGAAUUACCAAACAUCGGGUCAAAAUAUUUAUUUUGGCUAAAGUAUUACCGGCAACUCAGUGGGCAAAGGGUGUACUGUUGAGACAUUACCUGUUCAAUUUGCAUUGCCACGGCAAUGUACAGUGUAAAGUUAUUUGUUGGAUCAUCAGAGAU